AUGAUGGACAAAGAACAGUCUGCAGAGAUCCUGUUGUCCCUAUCACCGCUGGAAGUUGUUGGACUUAAACAAGGAAUCAAUUUUUUUCGGAAUAAGAGCAGUGGCAAAAACUACAUCUUAUACAAAGAUCAAAACCACUUUCGGGCAUGCAAGAACAUGUGUAAACACCAAGGAGGGUUAUUUAUAAAAGAUAUAGAAGAUUUAGAUGGAAGGUCUGUCCGUUGCACAAAACACAACUGGAAGCUGGAUGUGAGCACCAUGAAGUAUAUCAACCCUCCAGACAGUUUCUGUCAAGAUGAACUGGUUGUUGAAAUGGAUGAAAAUAAUGGACUUUUGCUAAUAGAGCUGAAUCCUCCUAACCCUUGGGAUGUAGACCCUCGCUGUCCUGAGGACUUAGCUUUUGGAGAGGUGCAGGUAACAUACCUCACCCACGCCUGCAUGGAUCUCAAAUUAGGUGAGAAGAAAAUGAUCUUUGACCCUUGGUUAACUGGUCCUGCCUUUGCAAGAGGAUGGUGGCUGCUCCAUGAGCCUCCCUCAGACUGGCUAGAAAGGCUGUGCCAAGCAGAUCUAAUUUACAUCAGUCACAUGCAUUCUGAUCACUUGAGCUAUCCUACCCUGAAGAAGCUUGCUGUCCGAAGACCAAACAUUCCUAUUUAUGUUGGAAACACAGAAAGACCCGUAUUUUGGAAUCUGAGGCAGAGUGGCGUGCCGUUGACCAACAUUCAUGUGGUGCCAUUUGGCAUUUGGCAGGAGGUAGAUCAGAAUCUUCGAUUCAUGAUCUUGAUGGAUGGUGUUCACCCUGAAAUGGAUACCUGCAUCAUAGUGGAGUAUAAGGGUCAUAAAAUCCUCAAUACAGUGGACUGUACCCGACCUAAUGGGGGGAGACUUCCUGAAAAGGUUGACCUGAUGAUGAGUGAUUUUGCUGGAGGAGCAUCUGGCUUUCCAAUGACGUUCAGUGGUGGAAAGUUUACUGAGGAGUGGAAGGCCCAGUUCAUUAAAACAGAGAGGAAGAAACUCCUGAACUAUAAGGCCCAGUUGGUGAAGGACCUACAACCCAGAAUUUUUUGUCCUUUUGCUGGAUAUUUUGUGGAAUCCCACCCAUCAGACAAGUAUAUAAAAGAAACUAAUACUAAAAAUGACCCAAAUGAGCUCAACAACCUCAUUAAAAAAACCUCUAAUGUUUCUACAUGGACACCGAUGCCUGGUGCUGUACUUGACCUGGGGAGAAUGCUAAAGGAUCCUUUAGACAGCAAGAGCAUCAUAAACCCUCCAGCUGGGACUAAAAUUUAUAAAGAUUCAUGGGACUUUGAACAACACUUGAAAACACUGAAUGAUGCGAUAGAAGAUGAAAUAUUUCGUCACCCAUCCUGGAUAAAAGAGUACUUCACUUGGGCUGGAUUUAAGAAUUAUAACCUCGUGAUCAGGAUGAUUGAGACAGAUGAGGAUUUCAACAUUUUGCCUACUGGAUACAACUAUCUGGUUGAUUUUCUAGACUUAUCCUUUCCAACAGAAAGACCAAACCGGGAUCAUCCAUAUGAGGAAAUAAGGAGCCGGGUUAGUGUGAUAAGGCAUGUGGUGAAGCACGGGUUGCUCUGGGAUGACUUAUAUAUAGGAUUCCAAACCAGACUCCAGCGUGAUCCUGACAUUUAUCAUCAUCUGUUUUGGAAUCAUUUUCAAAUAAAACUUCCCUUGACACCACCAAACUGGAAGUCUUUUCUGGCACAACAAAUAUAGACCACUCCAUAGAAUCUCAAGCAACAUGAAAUAUGAAGAAUGUAUUGG